UGUAGGGAAGUUAUAGAGUUCACAAAAAUGUCAGAACAGUACAGAUAUCCCCCAAAUGUCAGGUCAGUACAGAUAUCCCCCAAAUGUCAGGACGGUACAGAUAUCCCCCAAAUAUCAGGACAGUACAGAUAUCCCCCAAAUGUCAGGACAGAUAUCCCCCAAAUGUCAGGAUGGUAAAGAUAUCCCCCAAAUGUCAGGACGGUACAGAUAUCCCCCAAAUGUCAGGAUGAUAAAGAUAUCCCCCAAAUGUCAGGACGGUACAGAUAUCCCCCAAAUGUCAGGACGGUACAGAUAUCCCCCAAAUGUCAGGAUGGUACAGAUAUUCCCCAAAUGUCAGGACGGUACAGAUAUCCCCCAAAUGUCAGGACAGGACAGAUAUCCCCCAAAUGUC